AUGGAAUUAUUUGAUCAGCUUAACGACUUUCUCAGUGCUAAGAAUGAAAUGAAAAUGCCGUCAACAACGGAUGGAAAAGCGUUUGUCAGUUAUUUGACAGACAUCUUUGAGAAACUUGGAAACUUGAAUAAACAACUCCAAGGUGCAAACAUGAUGCUUGCUGAUGCGAAAGCAAAGAUUUUUGGAUUCAUUACAGCCUUCUACUUCAACGACAGAUUUUGUGAUUUGAAUGCAAAGAAUUUUCCUUCUUGGUUAACUCAAUUACUGCUGAUUGACGUUUCUGAUGCUGCAGUUCAAUACCAAGAAGAGUUAUCAGAAUUGCAACGUGAUGAAUCAGUGAAGACUUUGUUUAAAUUGAAAGGUACAAAUAUGUGGCUAUGUGAUGAGGUUGAAAGAAAAUACUCCAGCAUCUCUACAUCAGCAAGAGAACUACUGAUUCAUUUCCCUUCAUCUUAUUCGGUCGAAUGUGGGUUCAGUGCAGUUGACAAUUUACUGGAAGCCAAGAGAAACCGGCUUGAAAUUAUGAAACGUGGUGAUUUACGGCUGAAGUUAACGAAAUUGUCUCCUCAUAUCAAAGAUCUGUACCGUAUGCACCAAGUACAGGGUCUUCACUAA